AUGCUUUCUCAUCCUUUCGGUGUGACCUGGCGCAAAGCGUUAGUCAGCCUUCCACGGCUGGUCCCCGACUUCGUCCUCCAGUUCACGAACCCAGAGGGUCCUCAGCCGGUGGUUUUUGACCUUCCUUCCAGGGGGUCGCACUUGAUCCCUGUCUACGUCUUCAUACCGCCAUUGCACAACUCGCAUCACCAUAGGUUACAGACCCAAGGGGCCCAUCUCAAGGAUGCUCUGCAGCAGCAUACCCGGACCCCAGAGCAUGGAGACGAGCACGUGAAAGUGCCAGUGCUGAUCGACUUUCAUGGCGGGGGAUUUGUGCUGGGAUCACCACAGGAACAGGCGCCCUUUUGCGCGCAAAUGUGCCGCGAGUCGAAUGCGGUGGUCAUCUCGGUCGACUAUCGACUGGGCCCCUAUGCUCAGUAUCCAGCCGCCAACUACGAUGCGGAAGAUGUCCUUCGCGCCGUCAUCGAGCCCAAAACACAGGCCUACAAGACACUGCGAGAAGGUAUCCGCGAGCAGCUGGAGAAGGAUGGGCGCAAACCAUUUGACCUCGACGAAGCGAGAAUUGCCUUGUCCGGGUUCAGCUCAGGAGGCAACCUUGCGUUGAAUCUCGCGCUAAGCGUCAAGGACGACCCGACAAUCCACAAGGAUUGGCCGAGUCCGAUCCCCUGGGACUUUCAGAACGACAUCCCCGUCUUGUUGUUCUACCCCAGCCUGGACUGUCGGCUUCUUCCACAUGAGCGGCCGCGGCCCGAAGGUCUACCCCCACCAUCGGGGAUUCUGGAGCGAUGGGCGAUCGAGAAGGAACUCAUGCCGACCUACCUUCCAGUCGACUGUCGAGGCCAUCCUCGCGCUAGCCCCGGCCUGGCCGACCUAAAACCCAAGCGUCCAGGGGAACAGGCGGGACUGCAUCCGAAGGCCAAGCUGUGGUUGCUCCUACCGCAGUACGACACGUUGCACUCUCAAAGUAUCGUCUGGAUCCAGAAGGUCAAGGAUGAAGGCCGCAUGCAUGACCUCACCGUCGAGGAGGUCAAGGGCGUCGUGCAUGGCUGGACGCAAUUUCCCGACUCAUGGAUCAGCGAGGAAGAGAGGCGGCUGAAGGCCGAAACGUUUCGGAAGGCCAGAUGUUUUGUGGAGGCGUUUUGGGCGCCCGAAGUCAAGGGAGUCGCUGUUGAUCCCGGCCGCAAGGAGGGGGAUGCAGCGUCUGCCUCCAUGUCAAAGACAGAUCCUGCAGUGCGGGACAAGUCAGAACCAGUGACAACCUGUUGA